AUGGGUGGGAAGAAUGCGAAAAUUGAUGCUACCACCCUUGAAGCUGCCAGUUUGGUUUCUUCAGACAAACCAGCCAACGUGGCUGAUAAAACAUUAUCGAAAAACAACUACAGAAAAACGAAAAUACAUGUAGCCAAAUUUGACGAAAAGCGACAAUCAGUUCCGAGAUAUGGACGUGCUUUGAAACGUGUUCAUUUUCCUGGUAAAGUUAUUGUUAUUGACGAUGAAAAAUAUUUCACAUUAUCGAAUUCUGAGAUCAAAGGCUAUGAUGGGUUCUAUAAAGAUAAUGUACAAAAUAUUUUAGAUAAUGUGAAAUUCAAGAGCAAAUAUAAGUUUGAGGACAAAAUCUUGGUAAGGUGCGCCAUAUCGAAUAAUGGUGUUUUACAGCCGUAUGUUGAACGUGUUCAUGGUGAAGCCAUCAAUGCUGACAUUUGCAUCGGUAGAAGUCUUACGAAGCUACGGAAUUUUAUUGUUUUUCAUCAACGCAACGACCAAAUAAUACUCUGGCCUGAUUUUACGUCGUCUCACUACGCCAGAAGAACGACAGACUGGUUAGCUGCAAAUGCCAUCAUUUUUGUUCCCAAGGUCGUCAACCCUCCAAAUGUACCUCAGGCGAGACCCAUUAAAGAUUUUUGA